AUGGCUUCGCAGCCACAGCCAACAGGUAGCAGCAUGGAGGAAGUGGACGAGGCGCGUUCUUUCGCCGAGUUGGAGGCCGAGGCGUCGCGUUCGGCUCCGUGGGAGCCUCAGCUGGCGCCCCGGGAGCAGCCCCGCCCGAGCAGCCGCUCGCUGGUGCAGUACCUAACGGGCCGCGAGUUGGGCGCGCCGGCUCGCCCCGGGCUGCAGAGCCUGCGAAGCGAGCUCCGCGCUUUGGCCGCGCAGAAGCUGCCCGAGGUGCUGACCGAGCGCGAGCUGUCGCUGGGCACCGUCAACAAGGUGUUCGCGUCGCAGUGGCUCAACGCCCGGGAGGUGGUGUGCGGUACCAAGUGCAACACGCUCUUCGUGCUAGACGUGCUGUCCGGCCACAUCACCCACAUCCCGCUGCUGGGGGACCGCCUGUCGCGGGCGCGCCCGCCGCGAGCGCGCCGGCUGCGCCGACGCCACUUGGCGUGUGGCAUCCACACCGUCGAGCUGAAUCCUUCCAAGACGCUGCUGGCCACCGGCGGAGAGAACCCCAGCAGCCUAGCCAUCUACCAGCUGCCCCUCAUGGAGCCCUUCUGCCUGGGCGACUAUAUGGGCCACCGCGAUUGGAUCUUCACCCUGGCCUGGAUCAACGACCAAGUGGUGGCGAGUGGCUCCCGCGAUGGCAGCGUGGCCAUCUGGCGCAUCGACGACAAAGUGCUCCAGAAUGGCUGGAACCUGUCGGGGAUGCCGGUCUAUGCUCACAUCCGUCCCCAGGAUGUGGAGCCCAUCCCCUGCGGGCCCACCUACACUUGCACCCGCAAGGUGCGAGCUCUGGCCUACACGGGCUUCAACCAGGAGCUGGCUGCCGUGACCCUGGAUGGCUAUUUCCACCUCUGGCGCGUCCACAACCACCUGUCCAGCAUGACGUCCUUCAAGCUGCCCUACUGCCGGGACAAUGUGUGCCUGACCUACUGCGACGGGCCUGGCUUGUUCGCCGUGGGCUCCCAGGCCCACAUCUCCUUCCUGGAUCUGCGCCAAAGCCAGCAGACCAUCUGGCCCCUGUGCCCCGAAGAGGGUGGCACCGGCGUGCGCUCGCUCAGUUACUACCAUCACCUCGUCACCGUGGGCACCGGCCACGGUGCCUUGCUCUUCUACGACGUCCGGGCCCAGAAGUUCUUGGAGAUGCCAGAGGCCAAGCAGAUCUGCUCUCCCUUUCGCCAGAAGCUGCGGCUCACCUGUGGCAAAGGCUGGAUCAACUGCAACAGCAUGUGGCUCAACUACUUCGAGGCGACCGACGACAUGUCCAAUGCCAUCUACACCCACUGCUACAACAGGUCUGAGAUGAAGCUCUUCGUGGCCGGGGGGCCCCUGCCAUCAGGUCUCCAGGGGAACUAUGCUGCUGUCUGGAGCUAA